GACAAGAAUCUUUGAUACUCCAUUUUGAACUACUUUUCAUCUAUAUAUCUUAAUCUCACAGUUGCCAACUUUUUUAUAAUUUUCUUUUCCUAUGAAAAAAUGUGUUUAUAAAUCCCUUCGUCUAAUGAUUCUUCUUUAGUCCCUCUUGAAUCUUGCUAUCAUCAUGGAGCUUCACAACCCUUUCUUUUGUACCUUCAUAGCCACAUUUCUUUUCCUCUUCAUCAUACUCAAAACAGUUAAAAAAUGGAGUACUUCUAAAAACUCCAUCACCAAUUUACCACCAGGACCAAGAACACUGCCCUUCAUAGGAAACAUACACCAAAUUAUCAGCAAUUCAAUGCCUCAUCAAUGUUUUAAAAUUUUAGCAGAGAAAUAUGGACCCUUAAUGUACCUAAAACUAGGACAAGUACCAUACAUAAUAGUUACUUCACCAGAAAUAGCCAAAGAGGUUAUGAAAACACAAGACUUAAACUUUUGCGAUAGACCAAACCUUCUUUUGCCUACAAUACUUACUUACAAUGCUACAGAUAUUGCGUUCGCUCCGUAUGGAGAUUAUUGGAGGCAACUACGAAAAGUAUGCAUUGUAGAGCUGUUAAGUUUGAAACGCGUCCAAUCAUUCCGGUCUAUACGAGAGGAAGUAGUUUCAAAACUAGUUAAAUCAAUAUCUACACGUGAAGGAUCAAUUGUUAAUCUCACUGAGAACGUAUUCUCGAUGACAUAUGAGAUAACAUCACGAGCAGUUUUUGGAAAAAGGACUAAACACGAACAAGUGUUUAAAAAUGCAAUGGAGGAAAUAGUGAGUUUGUUAGGAGGAUUUUGCAUUGCAGAUUUCUAUCCUUCUGUUAAAAUAUUGCUUCAGAGGGUGAGUAGGGCAAAGACUAGAUUUGAAAAAGUUUGUAGAGAAACUGAUAGGCUAUUGCAAGACAUCAUCAAUGAUCACAGAAGCAAUUAUAGAGAUGAAGAUCUAGUUGAUGUUCUUCUCAAGUUUCAGCAGGAUAAUCAUUUGACCGAUGACAACGUUAAAGCAGUCAUCCAGGACUUGUUCACCGCUGGUAGCGAAACAUCCUCGGGUAUUGUUUUAUGGGCGAUAUCUGAGAUGGUAAAGAAUCCAAAGGCGAUGGAAGAAGCACAAGCUGAGGUAAGAAGAGUGUUUGAUAGAAAGGGGUAUGUGGAUGAGACAAGUUUGCACCAAUUGAUAUACUUGAGGUCUGUCGUCAAAGAAACAUUGAGACUGCACCCUGUUGUACCAUUAUUGAUUCCAAGAGAGAGUAGAGAGAGAAGUCGAAUCAAUGGAUAUGAGAUCCCGGCUAAAACAAGGGUUGCUGUCAACGUUUGGGCGAUUGGAAGAGAUCCAAGGUAUUGGGAUGAAGCUGAGAGUUUUAAACCUGAAAGAUUUGUUAACAGUCCACUUGAUUUCAGAGGCACAGACUUUGAAUUCAUACCAUUUGGUGCUGGAAGGAGGAUUUGUCCAGGUAUAGCAUUUGCUUUACCCAAUGUUGAGUUGCCGCUUGCUAUGUUACUUUACCACUUCGAUUGGAAGCUUCAGAAUGGAAUGAAGAACGAAGAACUUGACAUGAGCGAUUCAUUUGGAUUUUCUUUAAGACGAAAAAAUGACCUCUGUUUGAUUCCUAUUACUCGUCGUUCUUAAUAUGUACUAUAUUGCCUAGUUUAAGUUUAAGCAUACAAUCUGUCAAAAAAAGUUUGAGCAUCAAGUUCACAAAGUGUUUUAAGUUUCUUUAUGCUAUUUUUCAUGC